GUGGGUUUUGCGGGCCCCGCCUUCCUUUGACCUUCAUGGAUGCCGCUCUCCUCCGGCGGCGCACGCCUGGCGCGGCUGAAGGACCGGCGCCUGCGGCUCUUCGAACGGGAGAGUCUCCCGGAGGUGCCCCAGGACUGGCGCGCCGCGCCCCAAAGGGCCACCUACUUCCUGGCGCGUCUCUCUGCCAAAAGCGCUCAGCGGCUGCUGGCAGCCCUGGGCCAGGCCGCCAUCGAGGCGAACCUGUGGCAUUACAACAGCGUGGUGGACGCUUGCGCCGAGGAGAGCCAUUGGCAGCUGCCGCUGCAUUUGCUGCGGGGCAUGACGGCCAAGAAGCUGCGGCCGGACGCCGCUUCGCGGCGCGGCCUGCUGCGCAACUGCGCGCAGGCCCGGUGCUGGCGGCAAGCGCUGCCCUUGGCCGAGGCCAUCGCUGAGGUGCGCGGUGCCACGAGCGCUGCGUUUGCGGCGCCCUGGCGCCGCGCCUGCGGUUUGUUGGAGGGGCAGCGGUUCGUGCCGGACACCAUCUUCUGGACUGCAGCCUUGCAGGGCAAGGAGCCUCCCUGGCAGCACGCCCUGCAGAUCUGCGCUGAGCUGCCGCAGGCCCGUCUCCAGGCGGACCGGGUGCUGCAAGUUUUGGCAGCAGAGGCGCUUCCCAAAGGCCGCUGGCAGGCUGCGGCGGAGGGCGGAGGCCCCUGGCAGCGCAGCCUGGCGAAGAGAGGUUCGACCCGGAAUCUCUGCGCCGCAGGGCGCUGGCGGGAGGCGCUGGCCUUCGAUCUGGAGAUCGAUCUGUUCGCCUACACCAGCCUGCUGGACGCCCUGGCUUGGCGCCUCUCACUGUGCCUUCUGGAGGCUUUGCCAGACAGGCGCCUGGCGCCGGAUGGGGCGCUGCGCAACGCCGCCCUGGGCCCCGCGGCGCGGCGCGGUUUUUGGCGCCGGGCGAGCGGCGCCCUCGCGGCCGACGCCGCGGAGGGCUCGAGCGCGGGCGCGGCGGAGGGCGACGGGGCGCUGGGCUUUGGACUGGUGACCAGCGCUUGCGCGCUGGCGUGCGAAGCGCGCAGCGGCCGGUUCAAAGCAGCCGAGGGCCAAAGUGCGGAAUGAGCUAAGGGCUAUCAAUGGGGCGCAGGUCAAAUCUACAUCUGGGUGUUAAAUGACCCAGCAUGACCCAUAUGAUCUGCUGCUCUUGAAGAACGAUUGCGGAUGAUCCUCCCAGGCGUCUUACAACAUGAGCGCAGGAAACACAUUUGUCUUGAGGGUUGGA